AUGACAACAAUUCAACCUUUUGAGCCCAUUGAUUUGUUCAAAACUAACAACGUCAACCUUGAUAUUUUGACAGAAAAUUUCCCUUUAGAGUUUUAUUUUGAAUACAUGAUAAUAUGGCCAGAUCUUUUCUUCAAAAGUUUAGAAAUGACUGUUGAUCCUGCAUUCAAGCAUAACAUCUCUGGCUACAUGAUGGCAAAAACGGAAGGCAAGACCACGGAGUGGCACACCCAUAUAACCGCAGUGACAGUAGCUCCAAGAUUCCGUCGAAUAUCGCUAGCUUCAAAGUUAUGUAAUACUUUAGAGACCAUGACGGAUGUCAUGCCCCAUGAAGUUAACUUUAUCGAUCUUUUCGUCAAGUGUAAUAACCAACUGGCUAUAAAACUUUACGAAAAACUAGGAUACAGUGUCUACAGAAGGGUGGUAGGGUAUUAUAACUCAACUGAAGAUGGGUAUCCGGAUACGCUGAAAAAAGUUGAUGACAAUAAAGAUGCCUUUGAUAUGAGAAAGGCUAUGGCUAGGGACAAGAACAGAAGUGUACGGCCCGACGGAAGAAACCAUAAAUGCUAUCCACACGAUGUAAGAUUCUAA